GAAAGGAUCAAGAUGAACGGUAGUAACCGCGGACAUUUACUACUCCAUCGGCUACCCUCUAUCCCUCUCUCUCUCUCUCUCUCUUUCUCUCUCUUUCGUCUUCUAUCCGACUCUAUUUCUCGUCCCCAUUCUCUCAAUUGAAGCAGAAGAGGAAAGGCGAGAGAAGUAGAACGAUAACAGAGCCAGAGAUAUCCAAUUCAUACGAAUCUAGUGUGUCUUUGUUCUCAUGGGGUCUACCAUUUCUGAGAGGGUUGAGCUUGCGAAGCUCUGCAGUUCUCGGAACUGGUCAAAGGCUAUUCGCAUACUCGAUUCUCUUCUCUCUCAAUCAUGUGCCAUUGAAGAUAUCUGCAAUCGAGCCUUCUGCUACAGCCAACUUGAACUGCACAAGCACGUGAUAAAGGACUGCGAUAAGGCACUUCUGCUCGAUCCCAAACUUCUUCAAGCAUAUAUCCUCAAGGGUCGUGCCUUAUCAUCUUUGGGAAGAAAGGAAGAUGCUCUUCUCAUUUGGGAGCAAGGUUAUGAAUGUGCCUUUCAUCAAUCUGCAGAUUUGAAGCAAUUGCUGGAGCUAGAAGAACUACUGGCUUGUGCGAAAAGGAAUAGAACCAUUGUUUCUGAAGACAAUGCUAUGAAAUCUUCCAGCCCAACCAUGUCAAUUUCUGAUUCAGGGCGUGCAAAUCAUUGUAAUUCAAGUGAUACAUCUGAAAUAGACAGCAAAACAAUAUAUACAUCUGAAACAGAAAGUAAAUCAAGUGAUACGUGUGAAAUAGAUGGUAAAUCAAAUGAUGCACGUGAAAUAGGUGGCAAAUCAAGUGAUGCAUGUGAAAUAGGUGGCAAAUCAAGUGAUGCACGUGAAAUCGGUGGCAAAUCAAGUGAUGCAUCUGAAACACACAGUAAAUCAAGUGAUAUAUCUGAAACAUGCGGUAAAUCAAGUGCUGCUGCAGCACGCAUUAAAUCAAGUGAUGCAUCUGAAGUAUGUAGUGAAUCAAAAGAUAUAUCAGAAAUUCGUAGCAAAUUGGGUGAUGAAUCCAAGAGGAAUCAUAAGUUUUUCACUUCAGGUAUUUCAAAGAACAAAUCUAUCAGCUUGGAUUUCCGAUUAUCAAGAGGAAUAGCACAGGUCAAUGAAGGGAAGUAUGCUUAUGCUAUAUCCAUCUUUGACCAGAUAUUGAAAGAGAAUCCUUCUUAUCCUGAGGCAUUGAUAGGACGGGGCACGGCUUAUGCAUUCCAACGAGAACUUGAUGCUGCUAUUGCUGAUUUUACGAAGGCUAUUGAAUGUAACCCAUCGACGGGAGAGGCAUGGAAGCGGCGUGGGCAGGCCCGAGCUGCCCUGGGAGAACCUGCAGAGGCCAUUGAAGACUUGACCAAAGCAUUAGAGUUUGAGCCAAACUCAUCAGAUAUCUUGCAUGAAAGGGGAAUUGUUAACUUCAAGUUCAAGGAUUACAAUGCGGCUGUUGAAGAUCUGUCUUCAUGCGUGAAGCUUGAUAAGGAUAACAAAUCUGCAUUCACAUUCUUAGGUUUGGCUCUAGCUUCAAUUGGUGAGUACAAAAGGGCUGAGGAGGCACAUAUGAAGUCAAUACAGCUUGAUCAAAAUUUUCUUGAGGGUUGGGCCCAUUUAGCACAGUUCUAUCAAGAUUUGGCUAAUCCAGUGAAGGCUUUGGAAUGUCUUCGACAAGGCUUACAAAUUGAUGGGAGGUUUGCGAAGGCAUAUCAUUUACUUGGGUUACUUCGCCACGGGAUGGGAGAGCACAGGAAUGCUAUCAAGGAUUUGUCUGCCGGGUUGAGUAUUGAGAGUUCAAACAUCGAGUGCUUGUACCUACGAGCUUCCUGUUACCACGCAAUUGGAGAAUAUGGGAAUGCGGUCAAAGACUAUGAUGCUGUUUUGGAUUUGGAAUUAGACUCCAUGGAAAAAUUUGUGCUUCAAUGCUUGGCAUUUUAUCAGAAGGAAAUUGCUCUGUACACUGCUUCAAAGAUCAAUAUGGAGUUUUGCUGGUUCGAUAUUGAUGGUGAUAUUAAUCCCCUCUUUAAGGAGUACUGGUGCAAAAGGUUGCACCCGAAAUAUGUGUGUGAAAAGGUUUACAGGCAACCCCCUUUGCGAGAAUCUUUGAAAAAGGGCAGGCUUAGAAAGCAAGAUUUUGUUGUUACAAAGCAAAAAACUACUCUCCUACAAGCUGCAGACUCCCUUGGAAAGAGGAUACAAUAUGAUUGUCCGGGCUUCUUACCUAAUAGGCGUCAGCAUCGUAUGGCGGGAUUAGCUGCUAUUGAAAUUGCCCAGAAGGUCUCAAAGGCUUGGCGUUCUCUGCAAGCAGAAUGGAAACAUUCAAGUAAGAGGGCAGCAAAAAUUGGCAAAACAGUUAGGAAAAAGGAAAAGACCUAUGUGCUAAGCCAGAACAGAGGGGGUGUUGGUUGUAGUACCAGUAGUUCUUCAGAAACUUCAACUUCAUCUGGUAUUAAUGAGGACAGAGGUUUGAGCCGUUCUAUGAUGUCAUGGCAAGAUAUUUAUUCAUUGGCUGUUAAAUGGAGGCAGAUAUCAGAACCUUGUGAUCCAGUUGUGUGGGUUAACAAGCUAAGUGAAGAGUUCAAUACGGGAUUUGGGUCUCACACUCCAAUGGUUCUUGGGCAAGCAAAAGUCGUCCGUUACUUUCCAAAUUAUCAAAGAACAAUGACCGUUGCAAAAACAGUCAUCAAGGAAACCAUGUAUGUAAACAACAAGACUGAUGAUGUUGUCAAUCUAGCAAAAGAUGGGAGGUUAGAAAAGAUAAUGCAGGCUGAAUCCUGUUCUGAUCUUUACGACGUCAUUGGUGAGGACUUCUGGUUAGCUACUCGGUGUGAGAGCACAGCAUUUGAGGGGAAACUCCUUGAAGGGACAAGGAUCACCCUACAAAAGAUGAAUGAACAAGGAUUUGAUUUUGCAAUUAGAACACCUUGUACUCCUUCUAGAUGGGAUGAUUAUGAUGCAGAGAUGGCUAUGGCAUGGGAAGUAAGUAACUAG